AUGGUCGACUACUACGACCGCAACAUGUCGGGCAGUGACGACGAAUUCCAGCCCCACGUGCAACCCGGCAUGACCAAGGCGGAAUUGCGACGGAGCAACAAGCCGAUAAUGGAAAAGCGACGUCGAGCAAGGAUCAACCAAUGUCUUGACGAGCUGAAGAGUCUGAUUCUUGAGGCGAUGAAAAAAGACCCGUCCCGCCACUCGAAGCUGGAGAAGGCCGACAUCUUGGAGAUGACGGUGAAGCAUCUUCAGACGGUCCAACGUCAGCAACUGACUGCAGCAGUGGCCACCGACCCCGCGGUUCUGACCAAAUUCCGGACCGGCUUCUCAGAAUGCGCAACCGAGGUCUCCCGCUACGUCAGCCACCUCGAAAACGUGGACCCCGCCGUGAAGCAGCGCCUGGUCUCGCACCUGAACAACUGCGUGAGCAACCUUCAGCAAAUGGCGCCCUUCUAUGGACACUAUGUGCCGUAUAUUCCGGAGCGACUGUUCCCGGAAGUCAAGGUGGGGUUCCAGAGCGAGUACCAGAGCGGUGACGAGAACAACAACGGGAGUGCCAGGAUCCAGAUCCCCAGCGGGGUGCACCUGAUCCCCAGCAGACUUCCCACGGGAGAGCUGGCCCUGCUAGUGCCCCAGUCGGCAGGGAUCGCCGCGAACUUCCCGUUUUUUCCUCCAGCCAAUGAGGCCUCCUCAAGGGUCGGCCAGUCUUCUGCGUUCACAGCCGUGACCAGAUCUCAUAGUCCUCUGGUCAGCCCUUCGACGUCCACCUCCAGCAUCGGCGAAGACGGACCCCACUCGCCCGGUCAUCGCCGGUUCAAGGCUCCCGAUGGUUCAUCGGGGAAUAACUUCUCGUCUCCGGAAAUGCAGCUCGCCAAGCAACUGCCACAAUCUCCUGCACCUCCAGCUCCGAUGGAGCCGAAACUUAGAGGUCUCGACUGCGUCCCUGCUGUGGCGGAUGUUGCACCUGUGGGCGACGCGGUUGCGGCGUCCCCGACCCAGGCAACUCUUCACAGUCUGAGGCAACCUCUCACCGUCAUCACGGAUAAGAGUCAAAACAGGUCCACGAUAGUUCCUGCCAAGAAGGAAGGGCUGAAGAGACACAGAUCCGAUGGCCUCUUGACCAUUUCGGAGAAGAGGCUGAGGUUCGAGGCCGUAACCUCGACCACUACCCUGAUGCCGCCCAGCAGGUCUUCAUUGGCGAAUGUCUCCCAGCACAGAGACCAAGACUCUGGGAAGGUCGUCGGUUCAGCUUCCUCGUCCUCGACUUCCUCUGCCUCGGUUUCGUCGACGACAAACGGGAAUUGCAAGGGCCCCGAAUUUCCAUCGUCCACGGGAGUUGGCGACAUGUGGAGGCCCUGGUGA